AGACACUGUUACUGUUAGGUUAUUGACAUCCUGUCUGAGCAGCCUUCCUAGACACUGCAAACAUGGCUGAGACACUGACACCAGAGCAGAUAACAGAGUACAAAGGCGUCUUCGAGAUGUUUGAUGAGGAGGGCAAUGGGUUAGUGAAAACAGAUGAUCUGGAGAAGCUUAUGAGCUUGAUGGGAAUCAACCCAACCAAGAGAGAGCUGGCAACAAUGGCAAAGGAGGUGGACAAAGACAAUAAGGGCACCUUGAACUGCGACAGUUUUCUGGUUUUGAUGGGCAUUUAUCAUGAAAAGGCUAAAAACCAGGAUGAAGAGCUGAGGGCAGCAUUCAAGGUUUUUGAUAAGGAACACAAAGGCUACAUUGAUUGGAAUACACUCAAGUAUGUACUGAUGAAUGCUGGAGAGCCACUAAAUGAACAGGAGGCUGAACUGAUGAUGAAAGAAGCUGAUAAGGAUGGAGAUGGAACCAUUGAUUAUGAAGAGUUUGUGGCCAUGAUGACUGGAGAAUCCUUUAAGCUUGUUCAGUAGCGUCCUGCAGAAGAACCGUAUCCUUUGUUACAAAGAUCCUUCCUAAACACUCUCACCUACAAGGGCUGCAGUUCUUCUCAAGAUGCUGUGAUCUGGAGAUGUUUCCGAACACCACUCAUACACGACCCACGUCUGAGUAACUUCACCUGGCAUUCACAGCAGGCGGAAGCUACAGACCAGACCAGAGCUGAGAGACUCCUCUCACAGCAGGUGUAGAAGCUCUUGCAGGACAAAUUCAGUUAUACAAGCAAUCUGUUGUGGGCCAUGGAAAUCAUACAAGAGCCAUCAUUUAUGUUUAUUAAUAAACUUUAUACAGAAAGUUUUUCCAAUAUGGCUUUAAAGAGUCCUGUGAAAGGAACAUAGCGUACUUCGGAAAGGAAUGCAUGUGCUCACUUCUCCUGUAUAAAUCAUUCCUGGGACUGAGAAUUGUUCCCAGGUUCACACCUACUUUUAUGCAUCUCAAAAACAGUUCACACCUUGGUUAGAAAUGCCUAAACUUCACUUCUGCACAGUGGACUAAAUAAAGCUACCCGAGGGAGUGCCUGAGAACAUGAGUCAUAUUGCACUGAAUUUCAAGCUCACAAUAAUUCAGUGUUUCAAGUGGGUUUGGAAAAACAGUGAGGAAACCUGUGAAAUGAUGCAGUCGGGGUUGGGUAACAGAUGGAAAAGCCUGUAAUGCUGCAAGCUGAUUCUGAACCAGAGCAUAGCAUACAAGGGGAAGGGCACUGGACUUGCGGAAAGCAGAGGGAAACACUGCAUGUCUGUGCUCCAGACUACAAGUGGGUUAAAGCAAGCUAUUAAGUCAGGAGAAAGCACUGGGGAAUUGGUCCGUCCUGGCACAGGUGCUGUUCAUUGUGGGCCAGAUUUUCAAAAAUAUUUAGGCACCUAAAGGUGCAGAUGGCACUUUUGAAAAUCUAUUUGGUGCCUAUCUGCCACUUUAGAUCCAAAUACCUUUGAAAAUGUGUCCGUUUGCCCCUGUAUUUUAGAAUGAACUAGAAGUUAUUUCUUCUAACCUAUCUGUACCCUCUUGCUCCAUAAAGCUUUUUAAAUUUAGAAGACUUACCAUUCAACUCUUGCUGAGGGGAGGAAGCUCAUAGGACCUUUGGCCAAAAGCAUAUGCUACCCUGUGAUCUGUACAUAGUGCUUAUUUCUGCAUAAGAGCUAGGACUCUUCCUCCUGCAUCAGGUUAUUGAAAUGAAGUAGUCAAGUGAAGAUAUUCACCUGAAGACACACACUCAAGAGGCAGCAGUUGUGGUUUUGGACUAUAUUUGAGGAACAUAUAUGUUGCAAUGGUUUAACUAAAGAUGUGAUUUUAAACUGAUUUAGUUAAUCUAGUGCAAACCCCCGUGUGGACACUAUUAUUUCAAUUUAAACUAGAUUUAUUGCAGUUUAGCUUAAGUCGGUUAGGAAUCAGCUUAAGCUAAAACAGCAAUGAGCCACUCUUAACCAAAAUAAGAGUGUCCGGUUUUUAAACUGAUUUGAUAAACUGUCUCAACUCUCUUAUGUAGACCAGGCCUAAACAAAUGCUGUCUCACAGGCAGGAGUAAAACUGAGCUCAGUUUGCAAGGGACACAAUCCAGUGGCUUUUCAGAAACCGUUCUUUCCAUGCUGAUUCAGAGACCUGAAGAGCGAGGUUUUUUUCUGGCAUCUACAAAGCUCAGACAUCAUUGAAAAUAUGAUUGACAGUCUUCUUUAGCCUAUUAUACAUUUGCAUUGCAGUAAUGCCUAGAGACCUCAGUCAGGGAUCAGGGCCUCCUUGUCCUAGGGUAAUUAUGACUUGGGUUCAUAGUAUUUUCCAUAACACACAGCCCUCCAGUACAGGAUAGUUCAAGCAGGCAGCGUACACAUACCCGUAGAUUUCACAGAGGCUUCACUUUCAUCCACAAAGCACUGUCCAGACCAGUCCUUGUCUUACUCCAGCAGCCGCCAAUCACAUCCUCAAAUGACUCAAGCUCACCACGCUUGCUUUGGUCAGUGAGAAAAUGUGACUUUUUUCUACCAGCUCUGAGACAACAUGAAAAGCUCACACAGCACUCAUCUCAUGCUCAGCAAAGGAUCCCACUAGAUCUCCUGCACCUAUAUGCUCUUCUUAUGCAACAGCAGGCCUUCACUCCGUUCCAGCAAUGCAAUCACAGGAACAUUUCUCUAGAGUCCACAGUCAUCUCCCCUCCUUAGGAAACUUUCCCUGUCCCAAUCACUACUAGUCUGAACAGACCCUGUGUCCAAACAUGAAGGACUCUCUCUGAUUCCUAAUAUCUCAUAUUUAUUUACUAGCUUAGUCUUUCCUUUUAACCCUCUAGAGCUCUCCCUUCAUUCACCUCUUAAGUAAAAUAAGCAAAUAUUUUUUCAAACCUAUCUUUAUGUUGAUUUCGAACAAGCACAGUUCACUAGAGGGUAAUUCUUUCCCUAAGCUGCCCUGGGGAAAUCCCCCAGUUUCCUGGAAACCACCAGCCUCCCCACCAGACCAAUUAUUAUAGGAUAAUUGAGAGCAGGCUUAAUAUUUCUUCCCAUCAUGACCACAAACCUUCAGUGGUGGUUACUUCCCAGCACUUGUUUGCUAAUAAAGCCUCCUAUGCAGUACAGGCUACUGGGUCUUUUGGGGAUAAUUUUACUUGCCUACUUCACAGGGGUGUUGGGAGGUAUCAUGAUUCAGAUGGUGCCAGUCUGUACCAUAAACAAGCACAAGUUGUCCUGGGCAGUGAUAGGAAGUGCCUUGCUAGCCCUUUGUACCUCGGCAAUGGACAGCAGAUUGAAGCAGCAGGGGGACCUCUCACCUUGCCAGCCAAGGAGGCUGGGGGAUCUGUGGCGGGGGAGCUGCACUCCCCACUUGAUCACCUGGGAAUAGGAGCUAGAAUGUGAAAUGAGUUGAGCGGUGAGAGGUAGGCAUCAGUCCUACAAUAUGAGCAGGCCCCAGCAUCUGCACAGAGUCCAGCAGGUCUCUGGUCAGGUGCAGAGGUUCAUUUGCAUACAGUGCAUUGCAGAAUCAGGGCCUUAGUCCAGUUGGUAGCCUCCAUAUCACCAAACCUCCAGCCUGUUUUGGCAAGUCUCAGCAGCAAUACCUAGGACUGAAAUGGCUGUAGAGACUGAAUACACCUGAAAGCAUCACCCUCCAAAUCAGAUUUGAGCAGUGGGGCAGGAUGGGGCAGUUUUCCCUGCCUGACCUACCUCAGGCAGUUCUAUGGCCCAUGCCCAUAGAACCUGAGCACCCGCAGUCACUACUGUAUUUAUCUUUGCAACAUCUCUGUGAGGCAGAUCCACAGGAGCCAAAGUGAGUAACAAGAAGUGGUGGAAGAUGGAGAUAUGCCCCCUCUCGCCUUACAAUAAAAUCUGGUUUUAACUAGGACAAUUUCACAAUGACCAGAAUUACAAUUAGCACAUUGCAAUUCAUUGUGUAACGUCCUGGGCACAUGUCAUCACAUCCAUGUACCUCAUCGAGACUCUAGGACAGGCAAAAGAGACACACUAGAGGCUCCAUCAGGUUUUACACUAAUCCCAGUGCAGAACUUUGAGAGUUUUAGCCUGUGCUUCCUGAAUACAAGCAGAGUGCAAACACAACCAAUAACUGUACUGAGAGUAAAAAAAUUUUCAUUUGAAAAAUUGGAUGGAAAAGGGCCAUUUUUUUCAACAAAUGUGCUGAAAAUGUCCAUCUCUUUUGAAAUUUUCCAAUUUGUGAAAAAACAAAAUCUGAAAAUCCCCAAAUUUGGAGGGCAGGGGAGUGGUAUUGUCAAACCAGCUCUACUCACUACAUACCUUAGUAUCGCAUCUCAGUGCUU